AUGUCGUCGUCGUCAACCACUGCAACUUUGAGAGAACUCAAAAUGUUGUUCGCACGAUUCGGAAAUCCCAGGAUGAUCGUGUCAGACAACGGGACGCAGUUUACAGCGAAGGAGUUCCAGGAAUUCAGCGACAAGCAAGGAAUCGAGGACGCUCGCUCGCCGCCGUUCCAUCCACGAUCAAAUGGUCAAGUAGAACCGCUUUGUGGACACGUUGAGAAGAAGCCUUCAGAAGAAAAAGGAGGGAGGUACGUCGAAGAAACUUCCAGAAUUUUUGCAGUGCUCUCGACAAACACCAUGCGCGUCAACGCCGGGAAAUUUUUCUCCAGCGGAGGUGUUCCUAAGGCGCCGGUUGAAUCAGGUUAA